GCCAGCGCAGCAACUCUGAGCAAGCCACUGCUCUUGGGCACCCGGGGCCCUGUCUCCCACCUCAGCCCUGCAUCUAAGGGUUGCAGUUCGAUUGGUUCCCACCCCCGUCGAUCGGAAACCCCUACCCCCUCAUUGGGUAGCAGCAAAAGGAACUGCCUAUUUUAAUUUCUUGGCCCACUUCCUGAGUCUGCUCUCCGAUUGGCGGAGUUCCUAGCUCUGUCCCUUCGCUCUCCGGCUCCUUUGAUUGGAUUGGAUUGGUGCCGACCCUUGAAUGACAGCUGACGGGACCAGUGGGCAGCCUACAGAGCUGGGAGGACUCUGCGAAUAGGGACUACGACUCCCAGAACCCGCCGGGGUAGGGUGUAGCCGCCAUUUGUGCAUUGUCUUGGGGAUGGUUUGGAGGGGGCGCCGCAGGAAGGUUCCAUGUGCUGGGGGGAGUUUGCGGUAGUGCUGAGACCAAUGCACUUGAUGGCUGCAAGGGCUGAGCAGGCAGCUCUUCUAAUACCGAUCUGAGUCCUGGGGAUCGCUUUAUUAUUGCCCAGAGCCCUGUGCAUGAAGCAGAGGGGAGGCCGGCAGACUGGAGAAGCGUGUGCUACCGAAGCCAGGAGAAAGGCACGGAGUUUGCAACCCCUAUCGAGGAGACCCUGCCUAGGAGGAGUUCACAGUGCGGCUUGGGAUCCCACAGGCUUGGCCAGCCAGGACAGAGGGUACUAGAGGAGUUGGACUGAAGGACUUGGACUCAGACUUGCAGGGGGGAGUUGCGGGCUGCUGCUGUUUGAGCACUCUGGGACUAAAGGAGCGAUUGGGGACACCUUUGUGGGGGAAAUUUAAGGGCAGUGCAAGGGCACAGCUUUCCCCGCAGCGCCAAGCUGCCUUCUGCCUCCCUGGCAUCAGUCGCCCCCCUCAUCAGGAUGCUGACGCUGUAAUACAGCCCUGAGGCUUCCCCUCCCCUCUGCUGGCGGCAUCCGAGACAGCGCAUUCAGCUUUGGCCGUGCCUUGUGAACCAGCCUUCCUGGCCUGCCCCCGAUCCUUUCUCAGGGACACCCCGCACUGGCGAAGAUGGAAGAGAAGGAGCGGUGUGGCAAACUCCAGCUGCUCUGACACCAAGGAAAUUCAAAGCUUUUGAUACUUUUUUUGAGGGGGGUGGGGAGGGGAGCACCCCCAGCGGGCAUUUUAUGGGGAGCAGGGGAAGAAAGGGGGAAAACAUUCCAGAUCUUCGCGUGAUUUUUGCACCCGGCCGUUGGAGACGAUUGCUGAAUAAACUGAAGCCAAGAGUUGCAGGGGGUGUUGCCACCUGGAAACUGGAUUAGUGUGCAAAAGAGGAGGACAGUGGGCUGCUGUUUUGGUUGCAGGGGUAGAAACUUCAAACCUCUUUAUUCCUUACCACCUUCCUCCUCAACUGCCCUAUGAGAAAAUGAGUUGCGUGCCAUGGAAAGGUGACAAAACCAAAUCAGAAUCACCAGAGCCACCUCCGCUGGCCCCACUGCGUAUAUACCAUGAGAAGCAGCGCAGAGAGCUGUGUGCCCUCCAUGCCCUCAAUAAUGUCUUCCAGGACAGCAAUGCCUUCACACGGGAAACACUGCAGGAGAUUUUCCAGAGAUUGUCUCCCAACACUAUGGUGACACCACACAAGAAGAGCAUGCUGGGAAAUGGGAACUAUGAUGUGAAUGUCAUCAUGGCUGCGCUUCAGACCAAAGGCUAUGAAGCAGUUUGGUGGGACAAGCGCAGGGACGUUAAUGUCAUUGCUCUCUCUAAUGUGAUGGGCUUUAUCAUGAAUCUGCCCUCCAGCCUCUGCUGGGGUCCCUUGAAACUCCCCCUAAAACGACAGCAUUGGAUCUGCGUCCGAGAGGUAGGAGGCACCUACUACAAUCUCGACUCCAAACUCAAGGUGCCUGAGUGGAUUGGAGGUGAAAGUGAGCUCAGGAAAUUUUUGAAACACCAGCUGAGAGGAAAGAACUGUGAACUUCUCCUGGUGGUACCAGAAGAGGUGGAAGCACAUCAGAGCUGGAGAGCUGACAUGUGACUUUGAUGUGCCCUCUCCCAUUACAGCUCCAGUCCCUUCCCUCACUGCCCUGAGGUCCUGUAACCUGGAUAAUGGGUGCCCCAGUUCUCCUCUGGAACUUCCUUUUGUUGGGCUUUUUUCUUUCUCUUUUGGUGCAAUAGGGCAGUGACAUAAGGGGUGGGGGCAGAGUGGAGGGGUUUGGAAGCUAGUCACUUCUUAAUGGAGAAGUGAGGAAAGCAAGUUCUGUGCUUUCCAGCUAAUUGGUAUGCAUAGUGCUUCAUAAAACAGGCUUUGGGGUUAAGGUGUUGUGGACCCCACCACUGUUCUAUUUUACCCCCCAGCCCACCUUAAAGACUGCAUGUGCUUGGACACUACUCCCUUCAGAACUUACCAAAGCUGCUCUGGCUGGAAGGUGGCUUCAGGGGGAGAAGAGGCCAAGCACUCUGCCUCCACUGUACAACAGUAUCUCCCUCCAUAACAGUUUUGUAGACAUUUGGAAUUACACAUAAGGGUCUCUCAGGAAACUUUCCAACACUAGCAGUGAUACAGUGCUCUGGAGAAUCCCCUGCUGCUUAGCAGUACUUGUGCCAACUCAGCUACAGAAGGUGAGGGCCAUCUUUAUGGAAACUUGUUGGUUAGGUAGGGGAUUUUUCUCUAAUGUCACUUAGGAGAUGCAUCUCAAGCCAGUCCAGAGAGGUAAUACUCCCCCUCUAUGCGACUUUGGUCAGGCCACAGCUGGAAUACUGCGUCCAGUACUGGACGCCACACUUCCAAAGGGAUGUGGCCAGCCUGGAGAGGGUUCAGAGGAGGGCCACCCACUGGGUGAGAGGACAGCAGGACAGGCCCUAUGAGGAGAGACUGAAGGACCUGAACCUGUUCAGCCUCAGCAAGAGGAGGUUGAGGGGGGGACCUGGUGGCUGCCUACAAGCUUAUCAGGUGGAGAUCAACACCAAACAGGUAGAGCCCUUUUCUCCCCAGCACCACCUGGGGUGACAAGGAACGAUGGUAAUAAGCUGAUCGAGAACAGGCUUAGGUUAGAGAUCAGCAGGUAAUAUUUUACAGUUAGGGUGGCCAAAAUCUGAGAUGAUUUCCCUGGGAAGUUGGUUCUUGCCCCUACCUUGAGCAAAUUCAAGAGGAGGUUGGAUGAUCACCUGUCUGGGGUCUUGUGAACCAAGCAUUCAUUCCUGCCUGUGGCAGGGGGUCAGGCUAGAUGAUCUGUUUAGGUCCCUCCUGACCCUAGCUACUAUGAAACAAUGAUGUUUCACAUGGCCUAGUGCUUGUUUGGUGUGAAGCUGGCUGGGUCAGGGAAGGAGGCGCUAGCAAGACUAGGCUGGUUCGGAGAAUUCAAGUGUCUAGAGAGAAAAGUCAAGAGUUUUCUGAGAAGUGUACAGGAUUUUCUUUGCUGCGACACAUAAUGCUAUUUUAACUGUUCCUGCAUGUUCACUUGGUAGUGCAGAAGCUUCUUACAAGGGUGAGGAAGAGGGGAAUAAAACUGAAGGUAUUUAAGAGGGAGGGAGUCAGUCCCUUUUAUUUCUCUUUCAGACUGUGGCUUGCUAAGGCAAAAAAAGGUGUUAAGUAAACCUGCCUAUGAAUAAACUAAGAUCUAAAGACAAAUCAAAAAGGGGCUUUGCAAGUUAAGAUCUCUGCCUUUUGUAGUCACAAGCAGCCACUGGGGGAGAUGUGUACAGGGUCCAUGUGAACGUCCUUUGAUGAUAAUUGAACCAAAUUUUUCCUUCAGUGUUGACUGACAUUCCCCUCUUGAUGAACCACCUUGUCCAUCACUCCCUCAUGAAGGGAGGAGGAACUAAGACAUGGAGACUCCAAUGGGAAUCUUCUACUCAUUUUUUUUUUCCUGUCACCUCAGCUAGGUGCUGGGUAUAGUUCAAUCAUCAUUCCUUCUACAGCAGAAUAAGGAAACAGCGAGUCGAGGAUGGAUUUCAAGCUAAUUGGCUCUUUGUGGCUGGCAUGCUGUUUAUCACAUUUCCUGAUCCAUAUGCUAUCCACUCAGGCAGCAAAUAUAGAAUAGCGCUGGAACCUAGGUGUCUGCCACUCCAGGUUGUGGGAAGGCUGGAGUCUUUGAAAAAAGGGCUGUGAGCCACAACCAUCUCCUCUCACUUUAAGUGUUUGUUUCCCCUGUACAUGCCCUUGAGCAGGGUGCUGUAAAUGUGAACAAGAUGCACUCUGGAUAAGCCGGUGUGAAGCUGAAUUCAAACCACCAAAGCCAGCCCUUUGUAAAUGAAAGCAGUAGCCAUGAGACAACAGGACAAGAGUGGUGUUUUAACAACCUUUGGACAUCCCACAGGCACCAUGCUGCAGUCUUCUGAAGACACAUGGGCGGUGGCUUCUUUUUACAUUCAGCAUUUCUAUAUAAGUCCAACUCCUUGACACAUUCCAAUGACCAAAACCAGCUGGCAGAAUUUUGAAACACUUCAUGAGCAGAGCACCAGGCCUGCAGGAGUUCUGCUUAUGACUUGAAGCCAUUUUCCAAGAAGAAAGAGGGAAAAAUUCUCCACAGCAAAGGAAUUUUCUAUGCUGACUAAAAUCGCACUUUGAAGAGACCCUUUAUUGUAUGGAAGCCGCAAGCCAAUGGAUCAGUGCACAAUAUGCAAAGACAUUUUAAAAACACUUUGGGGCUACCUCCCUCUCUUUACAUCUAAAGACCACUGUUUUACCCUUAGGGAAAUCAUGUGAUCCAGCUGCUCAGGAAAAGGGAAACUGUAUGAUCACAUCCUGAGGAACAGGGCCUUGGUGACAGAGUGGGAAGGGAAGCAGCCCAAUCCCACUGCUUGGUAGUGGGGAAGCCCACUUUUGUUUUCUUGCUUGUUUGGUUUUGUUAGAGCCUUGUCUUGAGUUUGUUUACAAAGAUGUAUUUUGUUUAACCAAAUAUUGAAAAUGGAAAAUUCUCCAUAUACAUGUCUCAUCACUUCUGUAUGUUCAGCUGAAUUGUUCUGUAUCAAAGUAUGUAAAGGAAAAAUAAAUUUUUUCUCUUUGG